UCUCAGCGACAAUAUAGCAACAAUGUUCGGAUUCUUUCUACUCACCCUCGUGGCUUCGGCCGCCGCCUCAAAAGCCGGUUGUCCCACAAAUGUGGUAGCCACUGAAAACUUCGACUUCAAAACUUUCGGAACUGGCAUAUGGUUUGAGGCCGCAAGGUACAAAAACAAAAUGGAAAAGAAUGGCAACUGCGGCUACGCUGAGUACACACCAAAAGGUGAUGGGAUGGGAGUGAAGAACUACGACGUUGCCUUCGGCAAGAAGCGUUUGAUUGAGGGAUCCGCCAAGUUAGCUGCUGAUGCUGGCAAAACCGGAAAAAUGAUCUUCAGCUAUCCUUAUGGAGCUGGUGGUGCCAUCACAGAGAACACGCUGUAUGUGCUCUACAAUGACGACCAAUCCGCCGUACUCUUCCACUGCGAAGAAAAUGAGGACAAGACCUCCCGUCAAGACUACGCUUGGGUCUUCUCACGCUCCAAGACUCUGAAGGCUACCAGCAGGGCCGCUAUUGACAAGUUCCUUAACGAGAACGACUUCGUUGACGGCGGCAAACUGAUCUGGAACGAUUUCUCCGAAGAAGCCUGCAAGGUCAAGGCCUAAUAAGGCAUACGGAUGUCAGAAUUUGUUACAAGCGGGUCUAACUCUCUUAUAUCAAAAACUGCUAGUAUAGAUAUAGUAGAUAUUAAU